UCGGAAAAGUUGCGGGCGGGUGGUUGGAUGGUGGCUGAGGCACGAAGAGAGUACCUAGCGAACAUCGAGAGGAGCGUGUCGUCAUCGGAAUCGGACGUUCGUCGUCGUCGUCGUCAUUCUCAACUAAACUCAAACAAAACUGCAACACACUCGCUGCGAGAGAAGCGAAUCGUCGUGCGUUUCGUUGGGUGAGAGGGUUUUCCGCGAGUGAGAGAGAGUGCGGUGGGUGGCCCGUGAGAAUGGGGUGCGGAAAACAAGGGUAAGGUCUCUCAGCAACCAGCUGAUCGGCGCUGCAUCGCAGCGUGAGUGAUGCACCUAUCCGCUACCGACCGACCGACCGCGUCGCACCGCGCCAUGCCUCUUCGGAGCGGGUGUGAUUCACGCGCAAAACGGAGCCGUGGUGAAUAUGCUUGGGGGAGUGUGUGGUCGAGCAAUCGAGUGAGGUGAAUUUGUGCGGUUGUUGUUGGAUCGGGAGAGUUUGAGCACGGGGCGCUCUCUUGCGUGCGGUGAGCUCGGAGCUCGCGGCAGCAGCAAUUGGUUUCAAGUCGUGGUUCGGUUCGGUACGGACUCGCCGACAAGCCACAGUUCAGUUUCGAAGCAACAGUAAACACGAUCGGACGGAAAAAUAGGAUUUUAGUUUUGAGCAAUCAGAAACAUCAUAUUGCAGUCCUCUCUUCUUGACUCUGUGUUUUGGUAGAACACUUCCCAGCAGAGUUGUUUGGUCCAAUGGAAGGGAAAACAUAACUUAUGAAGUAGAAAGCAUGUAAAACAGGAUACAGUAGUUUUGAUUAGCGCAGAAAAUUGUGAACCAAGCAAGGAAGUGAAAAAGAACAUUUUUGUAAAUUGGUAAAAAUGUGUGACUUGGUGAAGUGUUUCCAUCCACAAUCGAUGCCAGCGAGGUAUCCAGCCAACACUUUGUCGCUGGACGGGAAAUCGUCCAACUAGAGAUCCAUCAUACUUCCGGGCAGUAACUUAACCAAUUGGUCCUGUGAGUGAUAAAAGGAUAUUUUUUGUCAAUUUGACCACAUUAGUGAUAGUGAAAAAAAAUUGGAAUUUUUACGGAAAUUGUGGAUGAAAUUUCUGUUAUCCUUGGGCAGUGAGUGAAUAAUUGGGAAUUCCCCCCGUCAAAGCCAAGGUUGGAAAACGAAGAGAAAAACUGAAAAUUCCUCGGUCUCGAAAGAGCAAAACAAACAAGCAAAGCAAAAUACAUCGCGCCUAAGCAGCUACUCCACACAGAGGGUGUGCUACACGAUACGCACAAUUUUCUUGUAUUUUUCGUAGAAGACUUAGGUGAUUAAACGCUUCGGGUGAAGUUUAUUUGGAAGAAGUUGUGUAGAUUUCAGUGUCGGUUCAGAGGGAGUUCUGAACUUUGGAACAACUUUGUUGGAAGUAUAUGAGUGAAACAAAUGUUAAAGGUGUUUUUCGAAGUUCCUAGUGGGCUUUAGGUGAAAAAGUUGAUGAGCUAAGUGUAAUGCACCGACCUUAAAGUUUACAAAAAAGGCAGGAGAUGACUUGAGCGGAAAAAGAAGGAAGAGAAUGAAUCAAAACGAAUUACAAAAUUAAUAAAUCAUAUUUGUGCGGAAUUCACAUCUUAAGCUUAAGACAUCAAAGCGCAACAGUUCGCAUUGGCCAUCAGUGAAAAAGCAACAAUCGAAGAAAAAAAACAAAAACCACCCGCAAAAACGGGCGAACAGCGAAGAAUAUCCGUGAAAGCAACCGGCCAGCAAAAGCACUAAACUAAUGUCAUUGGACUUGUAAAUCAAAUUAUUUACGUUAGUAUAAACGUGAAACUGGUGCUGAACCCCAAACGGUCGAAUGUUUAUUAAACACAACAGAGCAGAGCAGAGCCGCGGCGAAAAAGUGCAACGCAAAGCAAGUGAGAAGUGUGUUUUCGAGAGAAAAGUGCAGCUGCAGGCACAGCUAGCGACCGUUCUGGCGGCGGGUAUGUUGAUAAGUGGCUAAAAAAAGAUUUUUUUUUCUUGCGCUCGCCCCAAACCAACCCCCACCAAACCAACUCAAAAUAAGGUGCAAAUGCCGCCGAAUGCAGCGUGUGAAAAAUUUAUGAAGAAAAAUUCGAAAAAUUCCCGAAACACGUAAACUCCCCUGACGCGAGCGUUCGCGUCCUGCCGGGAAAAUAAACGACAUCUUGGUGACCCCCCGUGUCAAACAGUGCAAAUUAGUGAGGGAACAAGUGGAAAAGCAAGUGCAGUCAGAGCCAGAAGAAAAUAAAAGAUAUGGUACCCCAGCACAAUCACGACUUGCAUCUGGUAGUGUCCCAAAGUGGUGCCGAGAUGAUGGAUACCGGUGCGGUGCAGGUGGAGAUCGCCAACAAUUCCGGAGUCCCGUUGACUUCGUUGCUCGUUGAUGCCACUUUAUUACAACAGCAGCAGCAGCAGCUAGUGAACGGUCAAACGGUCACCAUGGUUCAGCAGCAGCAGCAAUUGAUUCCACCGGUGCUGUUCGGGUCCCAAAUGGUGGACAAAAAUUCGAGCACACCUUACACCGAUGCAACACAGGUAAAUGACGUUCGAAUUCAUCACUUUGGAGAUGGACAAGGCAGGUCAUCAGUGCGGUAAUUUGAAAAUUUGAUGAACUUUAUGUUCUCUAAUGUAUCUCUAAGACGUUGAUUGUUUAUGGCUCAUUUUUACGUAUUCAUAAAUUCCUAGGAGCCAUCUAGAAUUUAAUGACAGAACUUAGCCCCAUUUUUCCAAUUCCUAAUUAACCCAUUUGAAUUUGAAACAUAUCCCAAUCAACAUAAAACUUCCAUCGUAACCAUCAGCCCGAAUCACACAUCUGUCAGAAAUCAUCGCUCCACAGCUGAAAUCCUCCAUAAACCACCCGUUACGGCUCCCGAAUGUUUGUUGUGAUCCAAAAUAAACCGACUGGCGAACUCUACACGCAUAUCUUGCGCACACAUGUUUCCAAUCACGGACCCCCACUAUAGUGAAUGAAAAAAUAUGAAUUCAUAACCAUAAAACCCAUCACCCAUGUGUGCUUGGCUUGCUUGCUCUCGAUCUCGACUCGACACUAUAUCAGUCACUUCCAUUACUCAAUGUCUGACAAAAAUUAGCAUCCGUUUUGAUUGUUUCUUACGUAAAAUCCAGCAUCCAGCAGCCAGCGUCGCCGUCGUCACCCAUAUCUUCCAAAGCUGCAAGGCUGCUACGCCGCGUGACAGCAAUUUAUGACCCUUUCAAAAAUCGCUUCUCCCCCACCACCCAAUCCUCGAACCCGAUCCGACCGUUUUUUUGGGUGAAAAUUUCUUAUGCUCGGGAAAUCAAUCUCAUCUGGCAGCCAGACGCCACCACCAUCGUCGUCUUCGACGAAGUCGUCGGAAAACUCGUCCUCCUUCUAAAGGAAAAAAUAAAAGAAUAAAAUCGAGGGAAAAUU